AUGACCGGUGGAAUUUAUAUGGCUCAUAACCAGCUUUGUGAUUAUACCACUGUUAGCAAGAAAAUUAUCGCAAAAGAGUCCGGUUUGGUACGGAGAUACAAUGGAUCUAGCGCCUCUGGCCACGCGGGCGUUAAGAAGACUAGCACUCCUCGUAUGCUGUCAACAGAAGAUAUGACUUCCAGUGAGGAACGCCUGGUAUUUGAGAGGCAAAUAUCUUGGGGCGUAUACGGAGCUUCACAUAAUGCAGUGGCUGCCCCGGUCAUUCCAUCAGAAUCAGUGUACAAAUGGUUUGUAGAUCUAUCCUCUAAUGUGGCGAGUAUCUGGAUUCCGCACCUAGUAAAAGACAUGGUGAAGGUAGUUAGUCUGUGGUUAGGUUUAUCACAUCAGUCUUGUUGGGUACAUGUAUGGAGAGGAAAAAAAGACAAUUGUAUAAAUGUAAUUUUAGAGUUUAUUACGGAAUAUUGGAUUUCGGGCAAGUUGAGGGUUGGGGCGCCUCAGCCUCAGCCUCUUUCCUGUUUCGUGGUUGGGCAUGAGCUUAAAAGUAUCCACUACCAGGCAAUUAUCAGAUGA